CUGUCACCCUCAUAAACCCUAGGGGUUAUGUUUGGAUAAGACAAAAAUUCUUAUUUUACGUAACAUCCAGCACUAUCCCGGUCCAAAAUUGUCCAAAAAUAGUUUAAAUGUAGUGUGUUGUACUUCUCGCCAGCUUCAAAAGUCGCUCGGGCGGUGAUGCCGAUGACAUACAGAUCUAUUUUUGUCUUCAAAUUAUUUAGGCCGGAUUGACCAAAGGUUAAGGUUUAAUAUGCAUUUUACUACGCGCGCCAACUAGUUAAACCAUCCUCUAUCGCCUACACCUGAUAUGGAUGAGCUGAAGAACAGGGCUGGAGAAAAACUGGAAGCAUUGCAUAUAGCAGCCAAAACUGCUGCAAAUGGGGGAAAAUCGCGAGUCCAAGAUGCCUUCAAUCAGACAUCCGAUGCCAUUUCUAAGAUCCGCGAAGCCUUCCGUGAGCUAUGGCAGAACGAGCUGAUAGUGGAAGGUAGGGAGCGCAUCGCGGCCUGGACGGCGGACGCGGUGCAGCGCAUCAGGGAGGGCGCGCCGCCCCUGUCGCCCGUCCUACUCUACGAGGAGCUGGUGGCCCUGUUCAAAGACAGGGUAUGGCGUCGCAGCGUGAUAAUCUUCGUGAUGGGCGCGGCUAUAGGCGGGAGUGCCGGGCUGUGCGUAGGGCUCCGUGCGGCCGCGCGGGAGCCCUCGGGGCCGCACGCUCGGGCUUUGCACACACAACCCGACCAUUCUGUGUUACUGGUAGAAGACGCCGUGGCGCCGAGCGCGGGCGCAGGCGAAGUCCUCGUCCGCGUGCAGGCGUUCAGCGCGUGCGCAGUGGACCGCUGCGUGCUGCGCGGCCGCGGCGCCGGCCUGCGGGCGCUCGUGGGCCGCGGGCACGUCACGCUGGGCCGGGGAUUCGCAGGCGUGGUGCUGGACGUGGGUCCCGGGGUGGCGUCCCUGGAGCUGGGCGACGAGGUGUGGGGCUGCGUCAGCGAGUGGGCGGGCGGCGCCGCCUCGGAACUGCUCACCAUACGCAGUACGCGCGUGAGCAAGCGUCCGCGCGGCGCGGCGGCGGACGCGGCGGCCGCGCUGGUGGCGGGCGGCGCGCUCGCGCUGUCCGCGCUAGACCGACUCAGACUCACGCCGAACGCCGCUAAGGGGAAACGCGUGGUGAUAAGCGGCGCGGCGAGCGGCGAGGGCUGCGCGCUGCUGCAGCUGCUGGCGGCGUGGGGCGCGCGCGCCAGCGUGCUCGCCGCGCCCGCCGCCGCCAGGGCGCUGCUUCAACUUGGGGCGCAUGAGUUCAUAGAGCCAGAGAACUCGUCGCCGGCCGAGUGCCCGUGGUCGCUGCUGCGGCAGCACGCGGCGCGCUGCGGGCCGUGGGACGCCGCGCUGCUGUGCGGCGGGCCGCCCCGCACGCCCGCCGCGCCGCCGCCCGCCGCCGCCAUACUCAAAGCAACAGCGCCGCGAAACUCAGUGAUCGACUUGCGACCGAAGCCUCUCAUCACUGACCGGCUGCCGAUGCCAUUGGCAUUCGCGUUCGGCGUCUCUUUCUACACCUUUAGACUGUUGAGGUGGCUAGUGGGGUUGGGAACGCACACUGACUGGCUGGAGGACAAAUAUAGACUGACUGAAGGUCUGGAAACUCUUGCGCAGCUGGUGGACUCGGGGGUGGUAGCGCCUGUGCUGGACAAGGUGUACUUACCGCAGGACUACGAGAGUGCGCUGGCGCACGCCUGCAGCGAGGACGCGCUCGGCACCACCGUCGUGAGAUUCCCAUAAAAAAUAUGGGAUUAUUUGAUUAUUAUUAUUAUUACUUGGGAUUCUUCUUUUAGGCGAUGGGCUAGCAACCCGUCACUAUUUGAAUCGCAAUUCUAUCAUUAAGCCAAACAGCUGAACGUGGCCUAUCAGUCUUUUCAAGAUUGUUGGCUCUGUCUACCCCGUAAGGGAUGGAACUUUCUUGGAUAUAUUUACUCGAUUUGUAAAGAGAGGGAGAUGAGAGAUGUUAUUUUUUAAAGCGACUUCGGAAAAUGAUAAAAAUAUGGGAUUACGUUUUGUGAAAUUUUCUGAGGAUAUAUUUACUCGAUUUGUAGAGAGAGUGAGAUGAAAGAUGCUUUUUUUAAAGCGACUUCGGAAAAUGAU